UUUUUUUUUUUUUCUUUAAACGUUCGUUUUCCUUACCUCUUUGCCUGUCAAUAAUCAUUAUGGCGACAGAAAGAAACGUAGCCAGUGUUAAAACACCAACAAAACAAUACAAUAUUGACGAGGCAAUUGAAAGAAACUGGGAGAUCCCAGACUUCACCAUCAAAGAGAUUAGAGAGGCUAUUCCAGCACACUGUUUCCGUCGUGAUACUUUUAGAUCAUUUACCUAUGUAUUUCAUGAUGGUGUUAUUAUUGCAACCUUAGCCUAUUUGGCCUCUUAUAUUGAUACAAUUCCUAACGUGUAUGCUCGUAUUACAUUAUGGCCAUUAUACUGGAUUGCACAGGGUAUUGUUGGUACCGGUGUUUGGGUCAUUGGUCACGAAUGUGGACAUCAAUCUUUUAGUCCUUCAAAGUUUAUUAAUAAUACUGUUGGAUAUAUUCUUCAUACUUUAUUAUUGGUCCCUUAUCAUUCCUGGAGAUUCUCCCAUUCUAGACAUCAUAAAGCUACAGGUCAUAUGUCAAAAGAUCAGGUUUUUGUUCCAAAGACUCGCUCAAAGAUAGGCUUACCAUCUCGUGAAAAAGAUACUGAAGGAGAUGGACCUCAUGAAGCACUUGAAGAGGCACCUUUGUUUAUUCUUUAUCGUAUGGCUCUUAUGUUCCUCUUUGGUUGGCCACUUUAUAUCUUUUGUAAUGUCUCUGGUCAAAACUACCCUGGUUGGGCCUCUCAUUUUAACCCUAACUGUGCUAUCUUUGACAAGAAUCAAUACUGGGAUGUGAUAUCGUCAACUCUAGGUACCUUAUCCAUGAUGAGUCUUUUAGUUUACUGUGGAUAUGUCUUUGGUCCUCUUGCUGUCAUUAAAUAUUAUUUCAUUCCUUACUUGAACGUUAACUUUUGGCUCGUCUUGAUUACUUAUUUGCAACACACAGAUCCCAAGUUGCCUCAUUAUCGUGAAAAUAUCUGGAAUUUCCAGAGAGGUGCUGCCUUGACCGUAGAUCGUUCUUAUGGUUUUAUCUUGAAUUAUUUCCAUCAUCAUAUCUCUGAUACUCAUGUUGCUCAUCAUUUCUUUUCAACUAUGCCUCAUUAUCAUGCUGAAGAAGCAACUGCUCAUAUCAAGAAAGCACUCGGUAAACACUAUCAUUGUGAUAAUACACCUAUUCCUAUUGCUUUAUGGAAUUGUUGGAAGGCCUGUCGCUUUGUUGAAGAUGAAGGUGAUGUUGUCUUUUUUAAGAAUUAAAUUAUUUGAAUAUAUUAUAUGUUUGUAUAGCAGAUUCCAUCCUAUUUUUUUUUUUUUAUAUAUAUAACAUACCUAAUAAAUAAAUAUGUAUAUAAAAAAAAAUUUCUUCAUUCAA